AUCACAGGAAGCGGACCAGCCAAAACGCACAAAUAGCUAUGGCAGGGUACUCGCCCAGCAAACGUUCGCCAGUUUUUGUAACAACACCCGUUCCAGCGGGCCUUGCCGACAGAUUGGAGCAAACCGGGGUCAAGAUCGUAGAUGUGGACGCUCAGCUGUGCAAAUUGGAAUCGUUUACCGACCUGGCAAGCAACACGUCAACGUUGAUAUCUUAGCCUCAACUACAAGCGGGGGACCUAGUCGCGACGGCUGACCCGUACCAGCUACUACACCAGCUGAUGCUGGAGAGUAUCGACGUGGAGACAACGCUGGCGACUGUCAACAAGAAAGCCAUGAUGCGUAUGC